GUGUGGGAAGAAAUAGUUGAGCAAUACGUGAAAUUACCCGGCACCGGAGAAAGUUUGGUCAUUAGCUGGGAGAUUUCAUGGUUGCGAUCAGCGGGCAUUGCACUGUCGAACAUACAGAGAUAGAGAGCUAGCCUACUGAGACGAGUUGGUCCUCCAGAAGUGCGGCGGGGCUGUUUUUCUCCCCGCUGUGUCAUUAUGAGAUGUCGUCUCUCAGCGCCUCCUUCGUGCAAAUCAAGUUCGAUGACAUCCACUUCUACGAGAACUGCGGCGGUGGCAGUUUCGGCAGCGUCUACCGAGCCAGGUGGAUCUCGCAGGACAAAGAGGUGGCAGUGAAAAAGCUCCUCAAGAUCGAAAACGAGGCUGAAAUCCUGAGUGUGCUCAGCCACAGAAACAUCAUUCAGUUCUAUGGGGCAGUUCUUGAAUCACCUAAUUAUGGCAUCGUCACUGAGUAUGCCAGCGGAGGGUCUCUUUAUGAGUUCCUGUCUAGUGAUGAGAGCGAGGCCAUUGACAUGAAGCAGAUCAUGACCUGGGCGAUGGACAUAGCCAAAGGAAUGCACUAUUUACACUCGGAGGCCCCAGUGAAAGUCAUCCACAGGGACCUGAAGUCCAGGAAUGUGGUCAUGUCACCAGAUAAAGUACUUAAGAUCUGUGACUUCGGCGCCUCCAGGUUUUUGUCCCACACCACGCACAUGUCCCUGGUGGGGACAUUUCCUUGGAUGGCCCCAGAGGUGAUCCAGAGUCUCCCUGUGUGUGAGAGGUGUGACACAUACUCCUACGGUGUGGUUUUAUGGGAGAUGCUCACUCGGGAGAUUCCCUUUAAAGGGCUGGAGGGCUUGCAAGUGGCCUGGCUGGUCGUGGAAAAAAAACGAGGUAACUUAAGAUUAACCAUCCCCAGCUGCUGCCCUGCCAGCUUCGCCCGCCUCAUGAGGAACUGCUGGAUCACUGACCCAAAGGAUAGGCCGGCGUUCAAGCACAUCCUUCUGACCCUGGAGGCCAUGUGGAACGACAGUCAGUUGCCCGAGCAGUGCAACUCCUUCCUCAACAACAAGGCAGAGUGGAGGUGUGAGAUUGAGGCCACGCUGGAGCGGCUGAAGAGGCUGGAGCGCGACCUGAGCACCAAGGAGCAGGAGCUGAAGGAGCGCGAGCGACGCCUCAAACUGUGGGAGAGGCAGCUGGUUGAGCAGUCCAACACGCCGUUACUCCCUAACCUUGAGAUACAUGCCUGGACAGAAGAUCAUGUGCACCUCUGGAUGGAGCAGAUAUUUGGUGCCGGUGAGGGGGGCUGUGAAAUGCUGCUGUAUGCCGACAUGUUCAAGAAGAACCACAUCACAGGGAAGAGACUGCUGCUGCUCUCCGAGACGGACAUAAGGGACAUGGGAAUCACGUCCAAAGGCCACAUCAUCCACCUCAAGACUGAAAUUGAGAAGUUGGCUAAUGAUUACCUUGGGCUUUUCCACUUUCCUCCUUUGGUUAAGGAUGAGUGGGCCCAGGAGGAAGAGGAGGAAAAGAGUAAGAUUGUCAGUCUGGAGUUGGUCUUUGGUUACCACUGGAAAGCAGGAACAAGCCAGUCGGACUGCAAAUGGAAGAUGUACAUGGAGCUGGAUGGAGAUGAGGUGGCAGUGACGUAUAUCAAGGAUGUCACCUUCAAUUCUUACAGAUCAGAUGUGAAUGUCCUAAAAAUGGCCAAGCCACCAUUUGUAAUGGAUAAGUGGGUUAUUGGACUCUUUGACAACCAAAUAGUUGACUGCACUGUGAAUUAUGAGAAUGAUGUGAGAUGUCCCAAGUGUACCAAACACAGCCAUGCAGUGCGCUGGAGCCCCAUGGGUGGAACGGAUUUCAUCAAAACCGUAGAGCUGGUCAUCGAGACAGGGCAGCAGAAAGCAGAGGGGAACCCAAGGAGCCGGUCAGACUCUGGAGUUGAUCCUAAAUGGAUCUACAGGCUGAGGAUGAAGCAGCAAAGGAACCGGCAGAUAGCGGUUGUCACUCCCCCUACUUGCCCCAGCACCAUGACUCUGCCUCAGUUCCUGUCUGCCUAUGGUAACCAGUCCUCGUAUGCGGCUGCGGUGAGGCGCUCGCCCAACCACAUCCCACUGUCCCCGUGGAGGUCCGACUCACGGUGCUCAUCUCCAACAGCAGGCCUCUCGUCCCGCCUCUCCACCCUGCACCUGGGGUCAAAGGGCAGCAGCCCAUCCAGCACCACGUCAGAGAGUGCUUCAGAGCGCGAGCGCCCCCUCAGUGCUGGUGCCCUGCACAGGCCAAGAAAUUCAUAUUUUGGCACAUCGUUCAUUCCCGUGUCGGGCCGAGAUGUAAGGAAGUCACCCACCUCCCCUGGACCCAAGAAGUCAUCCAUCACCCCUGAACUCAAGGCAUCAAGAAAUGCUCAGCAUGGAUGGAGGCCACGGUCUAAUUCUAGUGUUGGAGCAAUCUGUCAGAUCCCAAGGAUGAUACCUGGCAUGUCCCCAACGAACAACCCAAAGGAGGAGCCAGAGGUUAAGGCCAAUGAUGGGGGUUGGAUUAAAGUGGAGCGUCAGAAAAAGCCUCAGAGGCAGCUGGAAAGUAAGCCAUUCAGGGGCAGAGGAGGGAGGAGAGGCCGAGGUGGUGGGCGUGGACGGAACUGACAAUAACUAAGUUUACCUCACCAGCAUCAACAAAGGCUACUGUACAGAAACUUGAAAGCCAUUGUUCAGUAUUCAUCCAACAAUAUGAAUAGGGAUAAAAUGUUGUGAACAGCUAUUUUGAACUGAAGAUAAUUCAGUGUCAAAGUCAACUUUUGGCUACAUAUGGCUAAUUUGUAAACACAAACUUUCUAGAAACCAUGUCUCAGGUCUUUAUAGCUACAAUCAACGCAGGAAAUUGAAGGUUCAUUUGUACAUUGUAAGACUGACUUUUAAUAUGUGAUCAAUUAAAUUGUUGAUUAUGUUUUCUGCCUUUUUAAAUAUAGUCAUGUUUUCAAAAAUGUAUCCUUUUAAGUCAUAGGCGAUUAAUAUGACACUGAAAAAGAUCAGCAUUGGAUACUGGCCUAUUUUUCCAGAUCAAAAUUAGUAGAUAUAUUUUUCAUUGUCAAACUUCAUUUUAUUCAGACGUUUUAUACAUGAUUAUUUUAAAAUGAUUUUCUCUGGACACAUUUGGUGGGCAUUUCAUGAAGAAAUAUGUAAUAGGCUAUUUAUAUUUUAGUUAUGUAGGUCGAUCAGAGUUAAAGAUUUACUGGGUCGUUUGUUAUGCAGAUUUAUCGAGGAUAAUUUGGCGCCACCGAAAGGGCCAAACAUGUAAUGAAAUCGUACCACAACAUGUAUAAUUGUGCACUGAAAUAAAAAAAAAAUUGUAAGUGUUUUCAAUGUCCAUAUACAAAUAUAAACAAUAAAAAUCCCA